AUGAUGGGUGAUUUUAAUGCCAAAAUCGGAAACGACAACACUGAUAGGGAGUCUGUGAUGGGGAAACAUGGUAUGGGUACCAUGAACGACAAUGGAGAAAGAUUAGCAGACCUAUGCUUAAACCAGAGUUUGGUAAUAGGUGGAUCAGUAUUCCCCCACAAGGACUGCCAUAAGGUAACUUGGCUCUCACCUGAUCGUAAAACAGAGAACCAGAUCGAUCAUAUUUGUAUCGACAAAUCCUGGAGGAAAUCACUUCUUGAUGUGCGAAAUAAAAGAGGAGCGGAUGCGGGGACUGAUCACCACCUGAUAAUAGGAGUCACACAGCUUAAGAUAUCAUCGACUGCGGUAAAACUCCAAUGUGCUCAGAGGAAGUGGGACUUGGUCAAACUGAAAGAUGAAACAAAGAAAGUGCAGUUUAGCAUGCAGUUGAAAAAUAGAUUCCAGGCUCUAAGGGUGGACGACAUUGAUGAUGAAGCUCCUCACGAGAGAGAAAAUCCCUCAGAAAAAAUAGAGAAAAAAUGGAAGAAUUUCAAGGAAAUCUUUCAAGACACAGCAGAAGAAGUUUUGGGCUAUGGGAAUAAGAAUAGGCCGGACUGGAUCUCCGAGGAAACAUGGGAGGCAAUACAGAAUAGGAAACAAGCAAAACAUAUACUCAAUCAAUGCAGAACUCGAGAUAAAAAAGAAGCUGCAUCAAGAGAAUAUAGCAGAGCAAAUAGAAAUGUUAAGAGACUUUUUAGAAGAGAUAAAAGGAAGUAUAUAAAUUAUCUAGCGGAUAAAGCACAGGAGGCAGCUGACAGGGGAGAUAGUAAGACGCUCUAUGUGAUAACUAAAAGACUCUCGAGAAGGAAAGCCUUUGCGGACAGUAAACCUAUUAAAAGUAAAACAGGAGAUUUGUUGGUGACAGAAGAGGCGCAGUUAAAACGGUGGAGACAACAUUUCCAGGAAGUCCUAAACCGCACUGUAAACCAAAAUGAUGAAGAAGAUAGAGAGCAAGAUGCAAAUGUUGCAAUGGUAAUGAACGAACAGGUUGGAAUAGAAGUGAAUGCACCAGGGGAAAGGGAAAUUGCUGAAGCUAUCAGAAAGCUGAAAAAUUGUAAAGCCCCAGGAGAGGAUAAUAUCCCAGGAGAGUUUUUAAAGCUGAAUGCAGAUGAAGCAGCACUUUUUAUCCACCCCCUGAUAACUGAUAUCUGGGAGAAUGAAUAUGUGCCAAAAGAUUGGAAUACUGGUCUUUUGGUGAAAAUACCAAAGAAGGGGAAUCUAGCAGAUUGUGACAACUGGAGAGGAAUAACUCUCACAUCGGUCCCGAGCAAGAUACUUUGUAGAAUAAUUCUAAAUAGAAUAAGAGAGUCUGUAGAUGACAAGCUAAGAAGAGAGCAAAGUGGUUUUAGGGCAGGAAAAUCUUGUGCAGACCAGAUCAACACACUGAGAAGCAAGGAGGAGGAACUUCAAACACUAGGAGCUGAAAUUAAAAUCUUGAAGUCACGACUUGAUUUGGAAAAAGAUAUUCUACAGGAGGAGAUGGAUACGUCGUUCAAAGUCCAGGACCAAUCAACGUCUGAGAUUCUCUCUCUCAACAAACGCAUCGAGUCUCUGCAAGCGGCACUGCGGCAACGGGACCUUCACUUUGCGGGACGGGCGGGUUACAACGGCGGCCAUGGUAAGAGGGAGAUUCUCCACGACCUGGCUGACCUGUUGUUCACCACAUAA